GUUUUUCUGGAGAGUUAGAGCCCAAGUGAGACAAAGCACGGGCGGGCCAGGCGGGCGCCAUGGAGCUGCGGGCCCGGGUCCUGCUGUGGACAUGUGUGCUUCUGCAGAGCUCUGCUGUCCUUCUGUCCUCAGGGCCGGCCGGGCCCGCCACCGCCGCCGGCAGCUCCGUGGUGUCCGAGUCCGCCGUGAGCUGGGCGGCCGGCGCCGGGGCCGUGCUGCGCUGCCAGAGCCCGCGCAUGGUGUGGACCCAGGACCGGCUGCACGACCGCCAGCGCGUGGUCCACUGGGACUUCGGCGGCGGCCCGGCCGGCGGCCCCGCGCGCCGGCUCGUGGACAUGUACUCGGCGGGCGAGCAGCGCGUGUACGAGCCGCGCGACCGCGGCCGCCUGCUGCUGCCCGCCGCCGCCUUCCACGACGGCAACUUCUCGCUGCUCAUCCGCGCGGUGGAGGAGACGGACCAGGGGCUGUACACCUGCAACCUGCACCACCACUACUGCCACCUCUACGAGAGCCUGGCCGUGCGCCUCGAGGUCACCGACGACCCCCGGGCCGCCGGCGCGCACUGGGACGGCGAGAAGGAGGUGCUGGCGGUGGAGCGCGGCGCGCCCGCGCUGCUGACCUGCGUGAACCGCGCGCACGUGUGGACCGACAGGCACCUGGAGGAGGCGCAGCAGGUGGUGCACUGGGACCGGCAGCCGCCCGGGGUGCCGCACGACCGCGCCGACCGCCUGCUUGACCUGUACGCGUCGGGCGAGCGCCGCGCCUACGGGCCGCCCUUCCUGCGCGACCGCGUGGCCGUGGGGGCGGACGCCUUCGCGCGCGGCGACUUCUCGCUGCGCAUCGACCCGCUGGAGCCGGCAGACGAGGGCACCUACUCCUGCCACCUGCACCACCACUACUGCGGCCUGCACGAGCGCCGCGUCUUCCACCUGAGAGUCACCGAGCCCGCCGCCCGGCUGCCCCCGCGGGACUCGCCGGGCAACGGCUCCAGCCGCAGCGGCGCGCCCGGCCCAGGCGCGGGAGACCCCACGCUGACGCGCGGCCGCAGCGUUAUCAACGUCAUCGUCCCCGAGGGCCGGGCCCACUUCUUCCAGCAGCUGGGCUACGUGCUGGCCACGCUGCUCCUCUUCAUCCUGCUGCUCAUCACCGUGGUCCUGGCCACCCGGCAGCGCCGCCGCGGAGGCUACGAAUACUCGGGCAAGAAGGCCAAGGCAAAGGGGAAGGACGUGAACAUGGCGGAGUUUGCAGUGGCCGUGGGGGACCAGGCUCUUUACAGGAGUGAGGACAUCCGACUAGAUUACAAAAACAACAUCCUGAAGGAGAGGGCUGAGCUGGCCCACAGCCCCCCACCGGCCAAAAACAUCGACUUGGACAGAGAGUUCAGGAAGGAGUACUGCAAGUAAGGCGACCCUGGGCUCCUGGCUGGGCCAGCAGCUCUGCCCGCGCUUCCCUGGCCACUUCGGAGGACUCUUCCCGGCCCCCGUGCAGCUCGCCCGGCCCCCCUUCCAGCGGCUGGUCCCGCUGUCUUGGAACUUGGCCUGGACUGGUGCAGAGCGAGGCUGCCUCUGGACGCCCCCUUGGGAGCCCGCUCCUCCUCACAGGCGGUCGUGGGCUCCUUGGGACUCUGCCGGCGCUGCAGCCGGUGGCCUUCCCGCCUCCCAGGGCCGGGACCCCCCUGAAGCUCACCCGUCCCUCAGGCGUUCCUGGCCUCUGCCCCACCUCUGCGGGGGGAGGGGUGGGGGGGGCUUCGUGGGGGUUCUUGGAACUGGGGUCAGCCUCAGGGCCGGCACUCCCACCCCUCCACGUGACUGCCCCCGCGUUACCCCGCCAGGCUGCCGUGCGCUCUGCACGGCGACCCAAGGGCUGUGCGCUCCAGGCCCCCGGGCUGGCAUCCGCCUGGCCUGCGUCUGGCCCCCCGGGGCCCCUCUCUGCCCUCCCCGCCCCCCCCGCCCCCCCCCCCCCCCCCCCCCCGCUCCAGCCCUGUUUCCAGCAAGCUGCCUCGACCGUCACUGGGCUCCACGUGACUUCUGACCCGGACGCCUUGCCCUCGGCCCCUCCCUGGGCUGGAGUCCCGGGGUGAGGCCUCACCUGGCUCUGUUUUGGCGGAGGACAGGAGGGGUGAAGAUGGUUUUAGAGGGGCCACUGCUGCCACUCCUGACACCCCACAUUUGCUCACCCUGGGGAAUGGCUCUCGUCACAAUAAAGACCACAUUUGAUUUUA